GCGGCUCUGCGCAUGCGUACAGCCCGUAUUACACCGAGCGUGUUUGAGAAGCUGUAUUGAACGGCUGCGUUACUAGCUAAACAUGUCAGAGAAGAAACAAACUGUGGAUUUGGGGUUGUUGGAGGAGGAUGAUGAGUUUGAAGAAUUCCCUGCAGAGGACUGGACAGGCUGCGAUGAAGACGAGGACGCCCAUGUUUGGGAAGAUAACUGGGAUGAUGACAAUGUAGAGGACGACUUUUCAAAUCAGUUGAGAGCGGAGCUUGAAAAACACGGAUACAAGAUGGAAACCUCAUAACAAUGGAUAACUAAAAUGUAUUUUUUCCACAUUUAAUAUUGUCAGUUCAGGCUGUCGAUAUUAAAUGUGAAUUGUUUUAUUUCUUCUGUAAGAAGCCCACAAGUUUUUCUCUUCCCUUAUAUACCAAACAUGUGUUAAUAAUUGUAAUAAAAAGAUGUUUUCCCUA